AUGUCCGAUAAAGCGCUGAUCUUCGGCACAGGCAGCGUCGGCGCCGUCUACAGCUACAUCCUCUGCAAUAACAUCUUCGGAAAUGACCUGAAUUGCCGGCCUCGCGUCGCCCGCUCCGUGCAAGAAGCCGUCGACGCGGGACAUGGACCCUACAACUUCAUCCUCGUGACCGCCAAAGCCCUCCCUAGCAAACCUUCAAUACCGGACUUGCUCCGACCAGCCAUCACGUCUACAACCGCCAUCGCUCUCAUUCAGAAUGGUAUUGCUAUCGAGGAACUCUAUGCUAAAGCGUACCCGAACAACCCACUGAUCUCCUGCGUCGCUUACCUCCCUGUAACGCAGACCUCUCUUGGGACCUUCAAGCACAGCGAAGUCGAAACCCUGCACUUGGGAACCUACCCAGCCAACCUCCCCAAGGAUUCGGCCGCCGACAAAGCAGCCGCCAAGCUGACGACCCUCCUUCAACAAGGCGGCGCCACCGCCCACCACCAUGCAGACCUCCAGUCAAAACGCUGGGCCAAACUCCUUGUCAACGCAUCCUGGAACCCCAUCUGCGCCCUCUCCCGCUCACCAGACGCCACCUUUAUGCACUCUUCCUCUGACCCACCCUAUGCAGCCGAAUUUGUUCAAGCAGUAAUGCUCGAGAUCGCCAGUAUUGCCAAUGCAGUGGGCUACCCGGAGAUUUCGAAGGAGACGGUGGAGUGGCAGAUGGGGAGGGCGAAGAAGAGGGACUUGCCGGGAGUGGAACCGAGUAUGUUGGCGGAUGCGAGGAGGGGUGGGAGGAUGGAGGUGGAUGCGAUUGUGGGGAAUGCGGUUAGGAUUGCGGCGGAGAAGGGGGUGGAUGUGCCGAUGUUGAGGGCGUUGUUAGUGCUAGUCAGGGGGUUGGAUGAGAGUUUUGGACGUGAUGCAGCAAGCUGA